AUGUCAAUUCGCCAACCCUUCGAGUACUCCCCUACGCCAGGACCAGACUACAUCCGGCUUCUUUACCUGCAUCCUAUCGCUGAAAACCCUGCUGAACUGAGAGGCACUCUUAAAUUUCACAAACUCAAUGAGCCCAUGGUGUAUGAGGCCAUAUCGUAUGCCUGGGGCGAAUUUCCAAAGUUCAAUCAAGUGAUUGUCCUGGACGGGAAAAUUCUGAAAAUCACGGACAACCUAUAUUCCGCCCUCAUGGCUUUUUCUCGCCCUUACGGCGUGAGGGUGCUAUGGGCGGACGCCAUAUGUAUCAAUCAGACAGACACCACCGAGAAGUCCCAGCAGGUCGCGCUCAUGGCUGAGAUUUACAGCAAGGCAAAUCUGGUCCAGGUCUGGCUCACAUUGCACUCUGAAGCCGCUGCGGAUGCGAUGAAGUAUCUGAAAGAUCUUUCCUCAAGAGCAGAU